GGCUUGCGGUAUGUACCGGUCUGUGAUGCGUCGCAUUUAUGUGUACAGACUAAUGUACACUUUAGUUACACUACUACUUUCUAGCUAGACGAUUGAGAACGUAAAUGUCGCCAGGAUAUACCUCUCGCAAUGGAGAACGACGCAGUUAAAGGAAAAUUCCUUUUGGAACAAGAAAUUAUAUCAUUACAAGAUAUCCUGGAAGCUUUCAGCGCACCUUUAAACGAAGAACAAGCUUGGGCCAUUUGCUAUCAAUGUGGAAAGUUUUUAGAUGAAAGUUUAGAUAGGAAUGUAACGGUGGAAGGUGCAAACGGCGUACUGCUCAGCAACGAUGGAACUGUUCGCCUGAUGUUCGCUAUAGACACAGAUGCAGAUCACACAAGAGAGACACAAACCGUGGUUAUGAAUACACUUGGGAGAACUAUUUAUCAAGCUCUGGACUAUGGCCUUUCUGAAGAAGAAGAAAGAGAACUCUCUCGCCCCUUAGAGGAACUCAUAGAAUUCAUGAUUGGUGCAGACAGAAAUGAACAUUCUGAAAACUCCAAUGAUAACAACAAUGUAGGUUUAAGACAGGAGGCUGAUAGCUUUAAUGUGGAUGAAGGAAUAGAGGAUGAAGAACUUUGUGAUGAGGAACCCGAUGGAGAAAGAGGAAGAGAUGAUGCCAGGUCUGAAGACCAUGUACGUGUAGAAAAUGAAUCCUGUAUGAUAACACAGCUGUUAAAGCUGUGUUCUGACCACCUUCCACAACCCAAAGCAGCAUCUACGCACUACCAAGCUGUUUGCAGAGCAGUGUAUACUGAAUAUCUAGACCUGGCUACAUUCCUCAAUAAAAUCACAGGCAGUAAAGAGGUAUUAAGAAGUUUAUCAGACAGUAAUGAUAGUUGUGAUGGCAAUGUGGAAGAUUUACAACCAAGACAAUGGGCUAAGAUCUGGCUGAAUGUGGUGCGAGAUCUAAGAAAUGGUGUGAAACUGAAGAAGCUGGCUGAUCAUGAGAAAAGCAGAGCACCCAUUGAAUUUGCACUCACACCCUAUGAAAUGCUGAUGGACGAUAUUAGAUCGCAUCGUUAUACUCUAAACAAAGUCAUGGUUAAUGGUAUAAUCCCAGCAAGUGUGAAGAAAGAAGCUCAUGAUAUAAUCCUAGACUUUAUCCGCUCCAGACCACCUCUCAAACCUGUUCCUGAGGAUAAAUUAAAUCAGAAACCACUGAGAAGGGAGAGUGCUCAUGAGAAGAUAAUGACAGAGAUCCGCUCACAACCUCAACUGAAACCAACUUCAGUCAAAGAAAAUGCAGAACCAAGAAGUCAGAGCUUAAUUUCCUCUGAUGAAUCUGGAGAAGAGUCAUCACCUCCGCUAGCUAAGAAGGUCUUAAAGGCCGUUUUUCAUUGGAUUGGUCUGAGGAGGAAUCAGAGAGUGAUACUAGCAGGCACAAGUCUGACUCCUACUCACUACCAAGAAGAUUAAGAAGAGAUAAAUGGUUGCCAAGCAACUAAAGAUAUUGAUGAGGAAGAUGGUGAUGGAGGAGACAUUCUGGAACAAGCAAUACAGAAGAUCCUUGACGAACAUCUAGAUGAGAGCAUUCUUUUAGAUGUCAGAUUGCCACAUGAUACCAUGGCCUCCACUCCGGAAAAAACACUAACAAUGAGCAGAUCAUCGAUGUCCAGUUAUGAUGAAAUAAGAUCAGAUGAGAUUCCAUGUGACACUCCCAGGAGGCACAGCAUUGGUCCCUGUCAGUCAUUCAAGUCUACCGGGAAACAGUGUGCGAGUAUGGAUUGCUUAUCAUUGACAGUGAAGGAGGUUAUUCAUAUCAGAAGUGUCUUAGUGAAAGCAGAGAUUGAGAACCUCAGAGUCAAUGCUAGACUUCAUAAAGACGUGCUACAGGACAAGGUGUGCUUUUCAUGUAAGAAGAAGUUCUCUCUCUUUAAGAAGAGGUUCAAAUGCAGACUAUGUAAAAAAUUGAUCUGUAGUGUUUGCUGUGUUAAGAUGUUCAUUCCCAAUGAAGAGUUCUUGCAUAUUCCUGUUGAGUCUCUCAGCCCAAAUAGCCCAAGAAAAGCCCUUCCACACCCACUAGGCAAAGAAGUAUAAGUGCGCCACCCACACCAUUUAUGGAGUCAAGCCCAGUGAGAGAGCGUAAACGAAGAGAACUUCAUGUAUGGCGCCAGCCUAGCCCUAUG